GUGCACUACCGUGCGUUGUCUCUUCUGUAUUAUUAUUGUUAUUAUUAUUAUUAUUAUUAUUUCUGUUGUUGGCAUAAUUAUUAUUUCAAUUAUCAUCAUCACAAACACGAAAGAGUGUAAAGUGACUUAGUGAAAAUAUUACUUUUUGAAAUUAUUCAUACAGAAAAAUUAAAAGAAAUUCAAUUAUAAAUUACAAAAAACAUGGAUAAAAAACCAUACAAGUUGUGUUGUGCAUUACUUGGCCACAGCGAAGACGUACGUGCUGUGGCACGAUUUGAUGAUGGUACAAUUGUGUCAGCAUCACGAGACAAAACAGCCCGCGUAUGGACACCAUGCCGUGAUGGAAAAGAAUACGUUGCCGGUGAUGUUUUGAGGGGACACACAAACUUCGUAAGUUCAGUUUGUGUACUAAAUCCAAGUGAAAAUUAUCUAUCAAGUCUGAUAAUAACUGGAAGUAAUGAUAAGCACAUAUGCAUUUAUAAACUUGGUGAAGUUGAGCCAAUGAAAAAAUUUGAAGCCCACAAAGAUACUGUCUGUAAUUUACGAGCUGGAAAUGAAAAAGGUACAUUUUUGUCUAGCUCUUGGGACAUUAGUGCUAAGCUCUGGUGUCUUGAGAAUCUUGAUGUGCCAAAACUCAUCCUCACUGGUCACUCAUUGACAAUUUGGUGUGUUGCUGAUUUACCCAACAAAUUGAUUGUCACUGGAUCAGCCGACAAAAUAGUAAUUGUCUGGUCAAGAAGUGGUAAGGCACUUCAUAAGCUAGAGGGCCACACUGACUGUAUUCGUGACAUUGCUGUAAUCAAUGAUGAUGAUUUUCUUACUUGUGCAAAUGACGCGACAGUAAGACAUUGGAGUUCACUGAGUGGUACAUGUCUUGGGACAUACAGUGGCCAUGAACAUUAUAUUUACUCAAUAUCAGCUGUACUCGAUGGAACAACAGUUGUGACGUCAGGAGAAGAUAAAACUGUUCGAGUGUGGCAAAACGGUGAGGUUGAUCAGACAAUACUGUUGCCAACAUCUUCAGUUUGGUGUGUUAAAUUAAUGAAAAAUUCAGACAUUGUUGCUGGAUCAUCGGAUGGUAUUGUCAGAAUAUUUACAACCAAUUCGGAUCGAUAUGCAAGUCCAGAAGUGCUUGAAGAAUGGGAACGAGCCGUUGUUGAAAAUCAACAAAUAACAGAAUCUGAAUCUACAGUGAAAAUAAAUGAAUUGCCAGAUGCAUCGGAACUUUUAGUGUCAGGGCAAAAAGAUGGUGAGACGAAGAUGAUCAACGAAGGUGGCAAAGCUAUGGCAUACAGUUGGUCUGCAAGCGAAAAUAAAUGGACUUUAAUUGGCGAAGUUGUUGGCACCGGUGGUAAUGACCCUGGUAAGCAGCUAUAUAAUGGUGUUGAGUAUGAUUAUGUAUUUUCAGUGGAUAUUCAAGAUGGUAUUCCUCCACUAAAAUUACCUUACAAUAAGUCUGAAGAUCCUUGGCAUGCUGCACAAAAAUUUAUUCAUCAGCAUGGACUCAGUCAAAUGUUUUUGGAACGAGUUGCAAGUUUUAUCAUUACAAAUUCAAAUACUAUACCAGCAGUCAAUACAAGUUCACAAUUUGCUGAUCCAUUUACUGGUGGUAGUCGUUAUAUACCUGGUAGUGGAUUACCAAAUGCAUCACGACAUCCACCAGCACCAGUAUUAAACGCUGACCCAUUCACUGGUAGUAAUCGUUAUAUACCCGAAGCAACACCAAUGGAUACAUCCUUGUCUCAUUUAUCUUCAUCAAUAUCAUUAUAUUUUCCACAUAAAAACUAUUUAAAACUUGAGCAAGCUAAUCACUCGGCAAUACUUGAAAAAUUAAAAGAGCUCAAUGCUAAGAAUAAUGUAUCAUAUAAAAUGACUGAUGAAAAACUUGCAGCAAUUGUUAACUUAGCAAAAGGCGAAAUUGCUGAGCCAAGCGUAGAUGUUAUAAAUAAUUUUUGGAAACUCUUGGAAUGGCCAGAUGAUAUUGUUUUUCCCAUUCUCGAUAUUGCCAGACUUGCUGUUCUCUUUAAGGCUCCAAUGGAAAGAUUAGAUUUUAAAAAAUUAUUUCAAAUUAUCAAGAAACACAUCAGACCAGAUGCAAUCGCUGCAAAUCAAAUGUUGGCAUUUCGACUACUUGCCAAUUGUUUUUGCCAAAAUGUUGGUGAGAAAUUUUUACUUGACAAUUGUGAUGAUAUUCUCAGAGUACUUCCAUUAUUGCCAUCACUAGGCAGUAAAAAUAAUCAGGUUGCGAUAUCCACUUUUAUACUAAACUUAACAGUGGCACUCAACAAAUAUGAUGACAAAUUGCAAAGAAUGAAAGUACUUAGUGUAAUGAUAACGAUAUUGCCAAGCUUUAAAGAACAUGAAGCAACAUUUCGUGCGUUGGUUGCACUUGGUACGUUACUCGAUGGCACACAACAAUCAGACAUCAAACAACAACUCAUUAAAAUGAUUCGUGAUUUGGAUAGUAUUAUGAACAUCUUGAGAACAACAUCUGAAAGCUCAUCUACCUUGAUUGAUCCACAUAAAAAAGUUGCAAAUUGUUCAAAACAAAUACUUGAUUUGAUUGUCUAAGGAAGAUCAUAUUUAUUUUUUGUUUUCCAGUAUGCAAAUAAUAUUUGGCAAGAUAAACGAAUAUAUAAGUAUAUAAUGUCAAAAUUUGAAUAUAACAUAUAUACUAUAAUAAUUUUUACAGUCUUUAUAAUAAAAAAAAAAAACCAAAAAAACAACUGCGAAAAAGAUAAUAUUUGUAAAAUAUUAUUUUUUGCAUGUGUUUUUACAGUGUGGAUAUACGUUUGAAAAAAUUACACGAUGUUUCAAGAUGAUUAUAUUUUUAAU